GCCAUUUUCUUCCAAAAUUGACGUUUGAAUGGGUAGUGCAGAUUCUAAACAGAAACUUUGAAAACCGAAGAAUGUCGAAGCGUACACAUUCUGAGAUGUGGGAAGAUGCUGAGUCAAAUGAUUCUAGUGAAAAUAGUGAAGAUGGUGAUUCCACUGACGAAUGUAAUUGUCAAAACCCAGAAUAUGAUGUUGAAAAUCAUUUUGAUGAUUUUGCUGUAAGUAGUUACUUGUCGAGUAUAGAUGACAUAGCAGGACUUAAAGAAUACUAUAACAAUGGUAGAUUUACGGGCGCCAAUGUCCCUAUUGAGGUAGAGUGCACCAAAUGCUCUAAACCAAGACAAGUUACUGUAAGAGUAAAUGCGACCAUAGGUUGGGACCAAUGGAGAAUAGACAAUGACAGAAAUCCUUCUAUCAAGUGUUUUGAAGAUAUUGAAUAUGAGGGUGUAACUGACGACAAUCCAGACAGGUCGCUGCAAAACUGUUUCAGCUAUCCUGAUGAAGAGUGGGAUGAGUAUGAUUCGCCUUCACCACGUAGGUACCAAGAGACGCUGCUGGUGCUACACUCCCCAGUGGACAAACACCACGUGGACAGUUUUUGCAGUUACUUGGAUAGGGAGAAAAAGGUCACAGACGAUUACUUUAGAACGGAGAAAUCAUUCCUGUGCCUACCAAUGACAGAACGGGACCCGUUGUGUACACCAGUCAGCCUGUGCGAAAAUGCCAAGAUCCUGGACAACACCCUGAUCAUACUUACUCAAAGCGCCUCACUUGAUUUCCUAAGUACCGUUAAAUGCUUGUUGAACCAGACAGAAGUAAUGGAAGGGAAGCUCAAACUUUUGUUAAUAGGUCGUCAAGGUGGUAAGCAGGCGCUUGAAAGAUUAAUGGAAAUAGAAAUAAAUAUUCCUGUUAAAGAAUUUGAAAAUGAAGUGGGAAAUACAUUAUCAUCAUACCAAAGGCAAUUGCUUGAUUGGCUGCAUGAUGAUAGUGAUGAUCGUGUUGAUGAUGAUGAUGAUGAUGAUGGUGUUCGUGUUGAUGAUGAUGAUGGUGUUCGUGUUGAUGAUGUUGAUGAUGAUGAUAGUUGAUGAUGAUGAUGAUGGUGUUCGUGUUGAUGAUGAUGAUGAUGAUGAUGAUGGUGUUCGUGUUGAUGAUGAUGAUGGUUGAUGAUAAUGAUGAUGAUGGUGUUCGUGUUGAUGAUGAUGAUGAUGAUGAUGGUGCUCGUGUUGAUGAUGAUGAUGGUUGAUGAUGAUGGUUGAUGACGAUGACGAUGAUGAUGAUGAUGAUGAUGAUGAUGGUUGAUGAUGAUGAUGAUGAUGAUGGUUGAUGAUGAUGAUGAUGAUGAUGAUGAUGAUGGGUUAUAAUAACUUAGGUGUAAAUGAAAAACUGAAGAGCGACUCAUGUAGAAAGUUUCCAUAAAUAAAGACGGCCUGUAUUUUAAAGCUGAUUGUGUAUGUCUUGAGAUAAGAUAUUGCGGCAGUAAAAUUGUACAUGUUCAUGUAGCAUUAAAUGGAAAAACAUC